AUGUCUUUGUCAAGUCUGCUAGAGGAUAUUCAAGUUGAGAUCUUACUGAAACUACCAGCCAGUUCCGUCUUAGCAUGUAAGUAUGUAUGCAAACUUUGGUUUACGCUAGUUUCUAAACCUGAAUUUAUCAAGAAUCACCAUCAUCGAGCAAUUCAAAGAAACAGUGAUCGUAAACUCUUGCUUAGUCAUUACGAUUCGACACGGCCAGGCGAUGAAAAACCUGCAAUAAGUUCUAUAGAUUAUGCUUCUAUAUUGCCAUUAUCAUUAUCAUCUGAUUAUGAAUGUGAUGGGGAAAUUCCUGUGGAUUACCCUAUUUCCCCGUUCCGACAGGAGGAUGUUAAGUUCCUUAGAAUAUUGGGUUCCUGUAAUGGCUUGAUUUGCUUAGGUAUUGUAACGUAUGAUUGCGAUGCUACAAGAAUUUGUAUUUGGAACCCAACGACAAAAGAAUAUAAACAAAUCCCUAGAUGCGGUAGUCCAAGUUCCGACAAGAAUUGGUCUUAUGCUAAAUAUGGAUUUGGUUUUGAUAAUAACAGUGAUGAUUACAAGGUGGUACGCAUUCCGUGGGACAAUUAUUGUGAGAGUUCAGUUAUUCAGGUUUAUACAAUGGGGUCAGAUUCAUGGCAUGAGGUUCAAACCAUCCCUUACUGGCUUCGUUGGCAAGAGAGGUCUAGUUUGCCCUUUUUCAAUGGAGCUCUUCAUUGGUUAGGCUAUACCACCCAAGGAACAUCCUCUGAUUUUAUAGUCUCAUUCGAACUGAGCAAUGAAAGACUGGCGCAGUUGCCUUUUCCUGAAAAAAAUAGAAAAGAUUGGGACGACAGCGAGAAAGUAUUUACAAGUGUAGGAGUGCUGAGAGAUUGCAAUUGUUUAAAUAUUGGAUAUACGGAUGACCACAUCGAUAUAUGGGUCAUGCAAGAUUAUGGAGUGCCAGAAUCUUGGACUAAGCGAUUUACAUUUAGCAUUAACUUACACGACCUUAUGUGUUGUAGGCCAAUUUGGUCUUUCGAAAAUGGUGACAUUCUACUAGAUGGAUUCUCCAAUUUCUUUAUAUAUGACCCGAGAAGUGGAAAAGUUAGAAUGGCCAUGCCCAUCCGUCAUAGUUAUAAGAGCAGGGAUGUGGAGUUUUAUGUGGAGAGUCUUGUUUCCGUUAAAUCGAAUACUUGUCUGAAAAAAUUGAUUAAGAUGAAACUUGAGGGAGUAAGAAUGAAUCUUGAAGGAGCUAAUUAG